GAUGAUGAUGAUGAUGGUGAUGAUGAUAGAAAGGUUGGAAACUCCACCUAUUUACAUCACACUCUUGCCUUCCAUUGGAUAAGGAGGGUACAUUGGUUCCUCCUCUUUCCACCCCAAAACCCACUCCAACUCAACUGACUUUCAACUGAAACAACAAUUGGUACAGUCGAUGAUUAAGGUUACAGCCUACAAUCAACUCGUAACUUUCAACGUAAAAAUUUUGUUUAUUGUUGUUUUUUUAUCGUAAUAACAAAAUACAAGAAUUUGGUGUUUUUUUUGUCUAAUUCAUUCAUCUACUUUUGUGAUCAUCAUUUGAUUUUAAACCAUCAACAAUCAUCAUCAUCUUAAUCAAGUUCACCGAUUGUGUUUCAUUCAUCAUCGUUUGGACAUUUCAAAUUUAAACUAAUUGUUUUGUUUUCUUUGAGUAAACUUUCUCGUUCCUCUAGUUAAUAUUAAAUUGUGUUCGUAGUGAUUUAUCAAUAUUAAAUUGGUUAAUUUAUCAUUUUAAUUGUUACUUUUGUCUUGUCUGUAGUUUGACUUGAUAAAAUAUCUUUGUAACUUUGUCAGUUUGAUUGGGAUUUUGGUUUUUCUCAAGUUAAUUUGAUUACUUUGAUUAUUAUUUGUUUCUCUCAACGGCUUUUCCGUUUUCUGUGAGCAUAAUGGCCGCUGUUGAACGGGAAUAUAAUCCAUUCACCAUGAGCGGUGUUCCAACUUAUUCACCAAUGGAUCAUCAUCAUCACCCUGGGGCACAUCAUUCACUUCCGGAUUUGCAGAAAGCAUUUGCCUCUCAUCAUUCACUUUAUCCAAGUUUACACUCUCAUCAUCAUGCAUUUCCAAACCUUUAUACCAUCGCUGCCGCUGCAAGUGGGGCCAGUCAACCUGUCAGCGUUUCGUCACCUUCGGCAGUGGGUUCACCAUCUUCACUAGUUUCCUCUGUGGUAACACCAACAACUCACGGUUCAUUUAACAAUUUACACCUUGCACCAACCUCAUCAUCUUCCCCCACAUCACAUCAUUCACACCUUCACUCUCAUGCCGCUGCUUCGGCUUACCAUGCAGCCGCUGCAGCUGCCGCUGCGGCAGCAUUAAACAUUAUGCCACCAACACCAACGACAACACCAACAUCAUCAGCAUCCUCAUCUUCCUCAUCAUCAUCAUCUUCAUCCCAUCAUCAAUCUCAACAUCAUCAUCAUCACUCCAGCAAUUCACAUCAUCACUCUCAUCAUAAUCCAGCGAAAUCAUCUCCAAGCAAUAUAACAACAAUUAACCAUCAUCAUCAUCAUCAAGACGAUGAUUCUAAUAAUAGUUCAACUGAACUUGUUAAUAACAAUUCAAGUGUUAAUAGUAAUUCAAUUACCAUGUCAAGUCAAACGGAAAACUCAUCGGUACCAAGUUCGUUCACAAAGAAGGAGUAUGAUCGUGUUAAGCGUCCAAUGAACGCAUUUAUGGUCUGGUCUCGAGCUCAACGGCGUCGAAUUGCUCUGGAAAAUCCAAAGAUGCACAAUUCGGAAAUAUCGAAACGCUUAGGUACAAAAUGGAAGCAUCUAAGUGAAAAUGAGAAGCGUCCAUUUAUCGAAGAGGCAAAACACCUUCGAGCCCUUCACAUGAAACAAUAUCCCGACUACAAAUAUAAACCUCGACGUAAACCAAAGCCAAUGAUGACCAAACAACCAUGUCCAAUGCCAUACUUACAAACUCCGCUUGACCUUCUAGGUUUCCAUAGGUCAUUUUCAUUCCUUCAUCUUCACCAAGCACAUCAAGCGCACCAGGCACACCAUGGUAACCCGGUCUUACACCAAGCGGCAACUGGACUUUCAUCAAUGAUACCUCCUCCCUUACCACCCUCACCAACCUCACAAUCACCAACAUCAUCAACCUCAUCCAAUACCAACAACAAUAGUAAUAAUAAUCUGAAUAAUAAUCAAAUGAAUUCAGCUUCUAAUAAUGCUGAUGCUCAUCGAGCUGCAGCCGCUGCAGCAGCAGCAGCAGCCGCGGCCGCUGGUUCAAUGGCCAACGGAUCGAUGGCCAAUCGCUUCAUGCCACCAUUUCCAGCAUCACAUUUACUUGGAUUAUAUUCCCAAUACUUUACUAAUCCAUUUCUCAAACAACCCUUUACCUCAGGAUUAACCGUUAAUCCAUCAGCACAGGUACCACAAGCCCCACCACCGCCACCACCUUCAGCUGUUCAACAACAACAAACUGAUACUGGAAACUCUGAAUCAUCAGAUGCAAUGUAAUUUAACUACAACAAUUAACUAAUCAUCAAAGGUACAAACAUUUAAAAACCAACACCAACCAUUGACUCGAAUCCAAAGAGGUUGAUUAUCACAAUUCAUCAUUGGAUCUUCAUUGAAUUCAGCAACUGGAUCAACGAGAUUAAAUCAAUUCGCACAAAAAAAACACCAUUUCCUGCUCUUCAUCAUCCUCAUCAUCAUCUUCCACCCACCAACAACAUCCUCCCACUCAUCAUCUUAAUCAUCUUCUUCAUCUACCUUUUCCCUCCUUCCAGUUCAUCUCACCUUGAUAACUAUUCCCAUUGCAUGUUAAUAUUUAUUGCAAUUUAGUAAAUAAUAUUUGGAAAUUUAAAUGAUUAAACAAAAAUCUAACGGUAAUUAACUAAAUCAAUCAAUCAAAAAACAAACAAAUCAAAUAAUCAACUUUUUUUUCUUGUUUAAUAAACUGAUAAGUGUUUUCAUUUCAAUCGGUUAACAUAUAAAAAC